UGUGUAUAUAGCAAUUACCAUAUGAGUGAAGGGAAAUCCUAUAUGCAGCAGAGAGGACUCCCUGUAGGGUAGGAGUCUGGCACUGUUGAGGGAAAUGAGACAUUAGGGCAGGAAUGUGAUAAAAGCCAUAUUGUUCAGGGGAUCUUGGGGGACAAGCCCUGGCUGCCUGUACCGAGGAGGUUAAGAGGACCCUUCAGGUCCCACCAGCAAGCUGAAAUUUAGGGAACCCUGCAUCCACUCCUAUCAUAUCCUGCUGUGCUCCAGCUCAUCUUCAAGGUUUUGAAGACAAAGGCAAUGGCAUCAGGGUGGAUAAGUGGCACCUGGAUUAACAUAUCACCAAGACUUGGUACCCCACCAGCAGUUCCCGAGGACCUCUACAAAAUGAGAGGUCUCCAAAACCAAGGUGGAGCCUCCAUGCAGGCCAGUUCUAAAGGAGACAAGUCCCUACAUCUGAAGGCCAAUAAUGGUCUCCUGCAGCUCAGCUGGUACUGAAUCCCAGGGAAAGGCAAGCUCAGCACAGCCCUCCAUUUCCAAUGAGGCAAGCAGAUGUCUCCAUAAAACAGCCUGCUUGAAAAUAACCCUGCCUUACACUCAAAUCUCUUCCCCUACCUUAUUGCCUGGAAACCAGCUUCAUGUCACUGCCACAGCACUUGCAUGUGUGCCAGAAACAGUGCUGCAUCAAGCCACCCCUUUGGGAGCAUCAUUAUGGGGGAAAACAGUGCUGCUGAUGCCUUCAGAGCAUCAGGGCAUGACCACAUGUAAUUGGGUUGCUGCAGCUCUGAGGCACUUCUGGUUACAAACACUGAGAAGGGCAUAUGCUCCUCAGAGUCAUAGAGGAUAACUGGGACACCAAGGGUGACAGCCCAACUAGCAGGCCUCAUUACCCAGAGGUAAGCUUCAUACCUGAGCUGAGGACAGUGAUCAAACCCAGCUAUGCACCCAGAUCAAUUGGCACACCUCUAGCAUAUCCACACUCUCAAGGUCAAGCCAUGAAGUAAGCAUAGCAGCCAGGUCCAGUAGUAGCUAAGCAGCUCUCCAAUCAAUCGAUAGGUUGAAAUCCAUAUGAGUAGCACCAGAAACAAGCAUAGAUAUCAUUAAACUGGAGACCAACUCACAGAAAAUCCCAAAUUAGAGCUGAAAGCUACAAAGCUGAGCUUAAAUAGAGCUGUGGGACCGUACAAAGGCUGUGGCUGAGGUGCCCAGGUGGGGCUGAUCCGGAUCCUGGGGGCCCCCAAUUAUUCUUCUUGCUCGUUGUGUUAUGGGUCUACAAAGGGGUUUGCCCCACUGAAGGGGUUUCAGUGGGGAGCCAGAUGUUCCCAGGGCCAGGGCACAAGCUCUCACUCAGGGAUGUCACUGGCGUAGGUGCCGUCCCACAUGCAAUGUGACAAGCACCUGAGACCUGAGCCACCCCGAUGUGACGCAGAGAUGGAUGGAGACUUUCCUCAUAUCGCAUGCUUCAACUUUCCGAACUGCUCCCACAUUCAGCAGAUGAAAGAAAAUAUAGAGAGGGCAGGUGGAGGGCAGGGGCUCAUGUUACUGCCGCUCCAGCUCUCACCAUCUCUCUCUUCUGUUUUAACCAAUUCCCUGUAUUUUUCACCCAGUGCUUUUAUCCCCUCAGCAAUGCUUUUGUCCCUCUCCCAUCCUGCUGCUCCUCAGCUUGGAAUAACUGCUGUUGUCCUCCAGCAAACACACUGACAGGGUAAUGAAUGGCUUCAGAUGGUAAUUAGCGAUGGAGCUGCUAAUAACGCAAUUCAUUUCCAUUUUAAGUGCUGCAGAAUGCUGCAAAAAAAUGGACCACGGGUGGCAGGAUUUGAUCCCAUAGCGCAGUUUUCCUCCCUGCUGUGUGAAUGGUUGUUGAAAUCCUUUCUCGUUAUUUUCCUAUGGGUUUUAGCAUCUUUUGGAGGCAGUGUUUUCCCAAGGAGGCUUCAAUCCAUUUCAACCCCGCCAUUGGCCCUGCCUCAGUUUCUCCUCUUGGUGCCAGGACCCUGGGAUGUCCCAACAGUGGAACCCUUGCUGCAUUGGGGUGGCAGGAAUGGGGCUGGCUAAUCCAUUCAUUUAUUCAUGGAUUUUGCAAGCCCUAUUCGGGGUGAAAAUAAUCCCGGGUCCUCCAGAGGCCGAUAAGAUUUGGCAGCAAGGCAAUACUCGGCAUCUCUUUCCACUGUGCAAUGAUCCGGAGGCUGGGAUGGGGGGGGGGACAGGGGACAACUGCUGCUGUUUGCAGGCAGCUUGGUGUCCUUGAGAGAAGGGACGAGGUUCUCUUUAAGGGGGCAGGACUUGGGGAGCAUUACAAAGCCAGGAGAUAGCUUCUCCUUCUGCCCACCCAGGGAUGGAGGCAGCAGGAGGGUGCUGGGAUGGGAGGCUGAGCGAGGGGAGGAGGAGGAGGAGGAGGAGGAGGAGAGGGAGGGGAGAGAGAGGGGGAGGAUCUGCUAAUUACACAGAACAGCUCUGGGGGCUGCUGAAGUCCAGAAUGAAGCAAAGAGCGGCAGAAGCAAGCGCUGCAGACGGAACAGAGGAGCCUGAGCAUUGCCGAGAGCUGCAGCUGGCAGCGAGCAGGGGCACCCAGGGGAUCCUACAGCUCUGGCCUCCCCCGGGGACAGCCAGCACCAGGACGAGGAGAGGGAAAGGGGCUGGGGGUCCUGAGGACCUGACGGUGGAGCUGGAGCAAGACAGCGGAGGCUAGGUGUGGGGUGAGGGAUGGCGGCCAAGCCCGUUGCCCAGUCUGGGAUGGAGAACUUCCGAAAGGUCAGGACGUCAGAGGAGGAGAGCCCCUUGCCCUUCCCCGACUUGCCCCCAGGUGUGGUGGAGAUGAAAGUGAAGGAGGGCAGCAAGAUCAGGAACCUGAUGAGCUUCGCCAUGGCUCAGAUGGAGCUGAAGGGCAGCCGGCAGAUUGUCUUCAGCGGCUGCGGCAGAGCAGUCACCAAGACCAUCACCUGCGUGGAGAUCAUGAAGAGAAAGCUGGGGGGUCUUCACCAGGUCACCAAGGUACGCUACAAAACCUUGCUGGAGGUCUGGGAGAACCAGGACCCGCUGCCUGGCGGUGCAGCACAGAAUCUGACCGUCCACAAGAACGUCCCUUCCAUCUGCAUCCUGCUCUCCCGUGACCCCCUGGAUCCCAACCAGACGGGGUACCAACCCCCUGAGCCCAGAGAGGCAGGAGAAGACCCCUCGAGCUCCUCGGCCAAGGGGCUGAAGCGGCCCCCACCGCCUGCCCAUGAGGAACUGCUGCCCAAGAAGCUGCAGGUAGUGGGAGCCAGCAGCCUGCAGGGCUCGGGGACAAGAGACAGCCAGACGAAUGGCCACUACUGACCCUAUUACAUGCUCACAGCAGGGCCUGGGGGGCUACUGACCCCAUGCAGAACACAUCCUUGUACCCCCCUGGCUCCCCAUUGAUGAAGGGGGCUGCGGUGUGUAGGUCUGUGGGAAAACAUCCCCUCUCCAAACUUUUCCUCCCUUUUGCCUGAUGCUGUGUGCAGUUGAACGGAUGCAGAGCCACUCAUGCCUCCUGCCAGCUCUGCUAAAUAGCCCCCGGCACAGCAGCUCUCCAGGACUCCCACAGAUCCGAAGCAUCCUUUGGAUUCUCCCCAGAUUGGGAAAGGCAGCUGCAUGCCGCCGCUCUACAUCGGGAUGUCUCAGCCAGCAGCAAAGAGCUCAGAGCCCAUCGGAGUAACACCUUCAUUAUCAAAACCACUGCAAUUAACCCCAGAGAGGAGCUGUCAGGUUUAUUAAUGCUGGGAUCCGUGCCUCGUGGCUCCUGUGAUUCAUCCUGAAUAGCACAAAUAAGCAGAUGAGUCCUGCUCCCUCUCACCCAGCUCCCUGCUUUGUCUCCGUCCCUUCCUCUCUGCUGUGGCAUCGUUUCUAUUUUGUGCUUUGCUCUGAAAUACCCGAAGCUGAUCCUUCCUCUUCCUGAACUGCUGCAGCCUGAGAGCCAAGGAAACAAGCCCUGGAGCACUGUCGUUCAUUUCAACAGCAGCCCCCAAAGAACAGAAAUGGAAAUAACCCCUCUUCCCACAUCACAUAUUCAGGUUUUUCCUCUCCCGGAGGUGUUUGCAGCCAUGGUGAAAGCAUGAUGACGAGGGAUGGAGGCAAUG